CUCAUAUCUGUUUUGACACAGCUUUGGUAUGAACUAACUCUUGAAUCUUUAUGUGGACAACAGUUGAGGAGAUACAUGAUUUGAGGUUGCAGUUGUUCUACCUGAAUCCAGCAGGAGAUGGAGCCGCUGAGCCGCAAGACUGAACCAGUUGGUGACGAAACCUUGGAGAAAUGGAAGCUAGUUGGAUCUGGGGGAUUUGGUCAUGUCUACAAGGCCAGGCACAAGGACUGGUGCUUUGAUGUGGCCAUUAAGAUACUUCAUGAUGGCGUUGGCAUGUCACUGUCCAAAGAGGCUUAUCACAUGGAUAAGGGUUCCUGUAAGUUUGUGGUGGGACUUCAUGGAACCUAUCAUGGACGUCCGCCUGGAGUAACAUCCCCGCAACAGGGACUAGUGAUGGAGUUCAUAGGCAGAGGAUCUGUUCAGUCCCUGUUGGAGCACCUCUCUGGCCCUCCACAAUGGCCCCUGGUCUGCCGCUUGGCCCAUCAAGUGGCUUUAGGCAUGAACUUCCUCCAUUCACAGAAAAUUAUGCACCACGACCUAAAGCCAAGUAAUGUACUGCUGAAUGACGAUCUCAACGCCAUGCUAGCAGACUUUGGUCUGUCCAGAGUUUCCACCAGUGCUUUGAACAGCAACAGAGAAAAAAGCGUCAUGAUCGGAGGUUCAUACAAGUACAUGCCUCCUGAGGCUUUUGAAGUAUCAUAUGAACCCGUCCGCGCUUUUGACAUAUACAGCUAUGGUAUCCUGCUCUGGUCCAUUAUCACUGGUAAAGAGCCUUAUCCUAGUUCAUUUGCUGAUUACGAUCAUGUGAAACUGAAGAUCCCUGAAGGAGACAGACCUUGCUGUAAGCAAAUUGACCUGAUGAGGGAAAGGGAAGGGUUGAAAGAACUGGUGGACCUCAUGAAGAGGUGCUGGGAUGGCAGUCCCUCCAAGAGGCCUCCCUUUAAAGGUUGCCUUGAAGUCACUGAGAAUGUGUUUUCAAAGCACGAGAACGGAAUUCGUGAUGUGGUCGGUCAAGUCUUGGCACGACUGAACUCACCAACCAGUAAUCAAUCAAACACAAGUGUGGCUUCCAGUGUUCCUCUCCAGACACCAGGUGGAUUGUUCAAUAAACAGUCAAUGCCAAAUGAUACUGUGGACAAUGGCCCAUUCGCAAAAACUGAAAGGUCUUCAUCACAGGAUUGUGCCAGAAUUUCUCGAAGAAUGAGUAGUAGAGACAAAGCAAAGUUUGUCGACGACAACAGGGCAACGUUGAUUCAAGACGCUACCAUGGUAAUGACAAUAAUAGAGGAGCUUGGAGACAUGGUCCACCCUGAAGUCUACUCAUUGAUUGAUUCUAAAGCAACAACCCAGAAACAAAUGAGAGAGCUUUAUCAAACGGCAUUACGUUCAGGAGGAGAAAAGGUCAAAGCAGCCUUCUACGACGCCCUCAACAAACAUCAACGCGACCUAGUGUUGAGACUCGGUGGCUAAUUCAAAAGAAACGGUGGCCUUGCUGAAUUUUCUGCAGGUGUCAAAGACUUUCCCUGCCUCUCCUCCUACACUUUCAUCUUUUGUGAAAAAAUCUUUCUUUAUUCAUUUGCAUGUAUAUCAUUUUCUGAGAUUUUGAGAUUCUACAUUUUACUUGUUAUACAACAAGUCAUGGAUAAAUGAUGAUGCUAGUUUAUUGUACUAGGUGAUCAAUGAUCUGGUUUCUCCCCUGUUGAAAGAGUUCAUAUCACAGAUAAGAGAAGCAAGGACGACCAACAGAGGCGACUGUGCGAUACAGCAUAUAUCUACUGAGGUUGGUAGAUCAGCCUUCUCUAUUUGAGAAAAAGACUUUUGUAGCUCAGUACCAAGUUAUAUAACAGAGUGCUGCAGCUUUCCUAAUUUUAAAUUCAAGAUGAAAUCAUGGCUAAAAGCAACCCAAUCGUGUACUCAUCACGCAUAAACGCGAUGAGUCAAAUCUUGUUGUUAUUGUUUUAGUGGAUAUUAACUAUCUUGUAACUGUCUUUUUUAUCCUGUGUUCAUUUUCAACAGAGAUGUUAUUUUCUGUUUCCUGCCCAGAGUCUACUGCUGUAAAUUAGCUUAAAGCUAACUCUGGUACAGCUAAGAAGCUGUGCACUGACCCUGUCAAAUAAGAAUAU